GUUUUUGGGUAAAUUCGUCUGCUCAAAUUGACGACGUCGAGUUGGGUAAUGGCGUUUAUUCAUUCUCUCUGCUGCUGCUGUUACAAUUUCCGGAAUUCUCUCCCGUCGACCAGCUGCGUGUGUCUACAUUAAUCAGCGUGCCGAGCUUUGACGUCAGACUUGAUCAGACUGUUACACUUGUUACUCUCUACCUGAGCUCCAAAAGUGCGUCUACACCGACGAGUUUGAUUGGUGCCCAUGGAAACUGACAGCCACAAAGUGUUUGCAGGUGACGUUUAGUGCCCAGAUCGCACUGGCCGGCCUUCAUUUCCGGGACUCAUCACGACGGGAAACUUUUGUCACCGAUAAAAGUCUAGGUCAAAUCCGGCUGGGAAAAACUGGUACAAAAUUGCCAAAUGAAUAUUUUUCGAAAAAUGAAAUUUUCAACGAAAAUCACAACAGCAAGUCUGGCAACGUCGUUACACUUUACUCUAAUAUCAUUUGAAAAUGGCGGCCGCCACAGAGAUCAGUGACGAAGAUGCCGCUGUUUUGCAGUUCCCAAAAGAAAUGUCGACUGAUGAACCAUGUGGAAAUGUGUGGCCGGCGACAGAUUGUUCCCAGACUCGAGUGUGUUUCAUUUGUCAGACCCCUCUGACUGGAGUUUACAUCAGGUGCGAGGAGUGUGUCAGAGUGGACUUGUGCCCAACGUGCUUUGCCAAGGGAAAGGAAAGCAAUCACCAUUUGAACAAUCACAGCUACAGGGUCAUACGAGAUGAUUUCUACCUCUUUGACAACUGGACUGCUCGGGAAGAACUCACUUUGCUGGAUCAGUUGUCUACGCAUGGGCCAUCAAAUUGGACGGAGGUUGCCAAACGCUCCAAAGCCAGUCCUGAAGAAUGUGCAAACCACUAUAACAAGUGGUACCUUGAAGACCCAGUGGAACCUCUACCAAGACCGAAAAGUCCAGAGAGACUGUACAGGCCUCAGCCUAUCGUCUACAGAACCGGAACUCACGACCCCCCUAGGCCUGUUCCUGGAUCAGUUUACCACAGAGACAUGGCCGGUUACUGUGCUGCUCGAGGAGAUUUCCAAGUGGAAGCCUUCCAGAAUGCAGAAUUUGACGUGGCGUCGUUACAGGAUGAAACGAAACCCGAUCCCGACGAAGAAAUCGACCAAGAGGCUUUAGAACUCGAACGUGCAUUGGCCGUGGCCGUGGUGCAAGUGUACAACGACAAGUUGCGCGAGAGAUUUCGAAAGAAACGUAUCGUCCAGGAACACGGGUUGAUCAAUUUUCAUCGUCAUUUGGCGGCUCGUUAUCGCUACGACUCUACGCUGACACAUCGCAUUUGUGAGCGUCUCUCGGUGUUUUCCCAGGUGUUCAAAUUUCAAGACCACUGCAGUCUCUUUGAAGGCUUGCACGGACAUGUCGAGUUGCGGCAGCGAAUCCAGCAGCUGCAAAGGUACCGCCACUUGGGGAUCAAGACUCUGGCGUCGGCCAAAAUCUACACGCAGCUUCAGGCUCGUCGUGAGAAGCACAUGAAGCAGUGGAAGCAGUUUUCGGCCAACCUUCACGUGGCGUUCCCCGUCCAGCAGCAGCACCAACAGUUGGUGACCUCAGCCCUGCUUCAAGGAAGCAACGGCAACGUUCUAGUCAGCCCGGCUGGCCCUUUCCCACAGCAGCGAAGGAGCGCACCGCCGCUGGACAUUGUCGGUCUGCCCGGUUACGACAAAUUGAACGAAGGCGAACGUCAGUUGUGCUCCGUUUCACGUCUCGUUCCCGAGUCGUACAUGGAAUUUCGAAACAUUCUCAUCGCCGAGUGCCGCAACCGCAAAGGCAUUCGGCUGGCUCAGGCCAGGACGUUGAUCAAGAUUGAUGUGAACAAGACGCGCAAGAUCUUUGAUUUCCUCCUAGAAGAGAAACUAAUCUACUUCCCCGCUUGAUUUAUGGCACCACUUGUUAUAAUAAUGUUUUGUACAGGGGGCAGAGAGACUGAGAGAGAGAGGGGAAGAGGAGAUGAGCAAUAAACUUGCGUUAUACAGUCAA